UGAAGGAGUGCCGUGCCAGUCAGUCAGUCACUAGCGCACAUAAAUUUGGUCCCUUCCUGUUCGUCUCUCUCCAUCGUCCUCAAAGUUUACCGCCUUUCCUAGCAUCCAUUCUUUCCUGCUUGCUCCGCGCCUCUUCUUUGUCCUCCCCUCCCCGGCCAAAGAUUCAUACUGCGAACACUCCAGACACAAUGUCCGAACUUAAGCCCGAAGAGGUCGAGAGACAUUUCGUCCAACUCGCCGAACUCGAGAAGGAAUUCGACAGGGUUGAUGUCGAGAUCCUUCGCGAGACCACCAUCAAGCAGAGCCCGCUGUACGAGAAGCGCAAUGCGAUUACGUCUGCGAUCCCCGGCUUCUGGCCGCACGUGUUCGAGGACGCCUCGAGCGCGCUGCGCUUUGACGAGCACAUCACGCCGGAGGAUGCGGAGGUUCUCGCGCACCUCACGGAGCUGAACGUCACGCGCCCGCACGCCGAGAAGGGCGACCCGCGCGACAUCGAGUUCACCUUCAAGUUCAAGGACAACGACUACAUGCCCGCGCAGACGCUCGUCAAGCUGUUCACGUAUCAGGAGGGCGGCAAGCCCGGCUUGACCGGACUCAUAUCCACCCCCAUCGAGAUCCAGUGGAAGGGCACCAAGGACCUUACUUUCGGCGUGAAUAAGGCCGCGGUUGAGGCGUUCGAAGAGCGCAAGGCUAAGGCGGCGGAUAAGGAGAAGAAGAAGGGCGGCCUGGGUGACAAGGAAAAGAGCCUGCUGGAGCUUCUUAACAAGAACUCCCAGAGCUUCUUUAUCUGGUUCUCCUAUGCCGGUGCCCACCACGGCCUUGGCGAGAAGGAGGGCGAGAUCGAGGAUAUGGAUGACGAGGAGGAGGAUGCGAUCACUGGCCCGGUCGAGGCGUUCCCCUACGGCGACGAGCUCGCUAUCCAGUUGGCUGAGGAUGUCUACCCGGCAGCUGUCAAGUACUUUAGUACGUGUUCCGUACCCUCUGGAGAGGUUUCUGAGUGUUGUUGUUGAUGUGCGCAUGCUGAUUGAGCGCUCGCAAUGUAGCCUCGUCCCUCGAGGAGUCCGAU